AUGAGAAACUGCAGGAAGUUGCUUUCGCCAAAAGACUGCGUUGUUGUGGAUGAAUCUAUGGUUCCCUUUCAAGGCCGACUGCUGAUUCGUCAGUAUAAUCCAAACAAAACUCACAAGUAUGGACUCAAGAUCUACAAAGUCACAACUGAUGAUGGGUAUGUUUGGAAAUAUAAAGUUUAUUCUGGCCAAGAUCCUCAAAUCUCCAAUCUUGAUAAACCUGGAAGUGUUAUUAUCGAGCUUUGUGAAGACCUUUUGGACCAGGGGAGAAUGAUUAUAGCAGAUAAUGGGUAUACAAGUAUACCAUUAGCUGAAUACUUGCUUCAACGUAAAACUGAUCUUUGUGGGACAUUGAGGAAAAAUCGUAAAAACUUACCUUUAUUGAUUAAAAACAAGAAACUGAAGAGAGGAGAGCAAAUUGCUGCUCAAAAAAAUAAUGUGACGAUCCUAAAAUGGCAUGACAAGAGGGACGUGCUCAUGAUAUCUACUUGUCACGCAGAUGAACAAACGAUAAGUACAGGUCGAAACCCGCGUCCAAAGCCUAAUAUGAUAUUGGAAUACAAUAAUCGAAAAAAAGGUAUCGAUCUUUCUGACGAAUUAGCUAGCUACUAUUCGCCAAUUCGUAAGACUUUGACAUGGUACAUAAAAACUGCUGUCAAUGUCCUGUUUGGAGUGGAUGUCAUAAAUACAGUUUAUUUGUUCAAUAAAUUGAACCAGCAGAAUAAAUGUACGUUAUUACAGGCCCAAAUUUGUAUUAUAAAAAAUCUUUUGGGUAUGAACGUUGUCCAGACACCGGCCACACCAGCGCCGCCGGCGCCGUCUACGUCACAAGCACAGCAUUUUCUCAAACAGCUGGAUAGAAAAGAUGGCAAAAUUACCAGACGUAGGUGUGCCGGAUGCGAUAAUGAGUUUCGUCAAAAAGGGGAAACAGCAGCUGCCACUAAUAAAGCCAAAAGGGUUUCACAAAUAUGCAACAUCUGUACCAAACCGUAUUGUCUACAAUGUUUCCAAUAA